CUAUAUUGUCAUUAAGACAGAAGGAGGUGCUUAUGUCAGAAGAUCUCCUUUACAAUGUGUCUGAUCAGGAUAAGAAUAAGUUGGUUAUUGUAGUUAGCGAAGCUCUGUGGAGCGGCCGUCAA